UGGGGAAGAUUUCCACUCCGAUUGUCGCAUGCAAUCACAAGAGGAGACAGAGCUCAUCCAGAGGACAGGAGAAGUAUGGUUAGAAUUGUUGUGGAGGUCAUGCAAGUUCACUGCAGAAACCCUAAACGUGCAUCUUGUGAAGAAGUUGCUAAAAUCAUUGUAAACAGAUACCCUCAAACAUUUGCAGAUUUUACUGAAAAGGGAGAAAGACUGGGUUGUGGACAUUAUUCACUACUGAGAAGCAUCAAAUCUAGAGUUGAACAUGUUAAUCGAGAUAAUACAACACAUAGACUUCGUCAAACAAAGAGAACCAGGAAUGAGGAAGACUGCAGUCCCAACAGUAAUGCAACCUCACCCAAAAAAGUUAGAUGCCUUGUGGAUAGCUAUGGUUGUAUAAAUUGGCAACCAGUUGAACUUCCUGAGGGGGAAACGCCAGCUUCUUUAGAGGAAAAGAAACACAUCCUGUUGACAAUUUUUAAUUCAGAAGGACCUGGAGCUGUGGAGAGACCUGAUGUGGAUGACUUCAUGUGCCUCACAUAUAUUUCUCAGCGCCAGCUUAUCAACAGUUGUCCCUCACUUUCAGUAGCUGAAAUUCAGGAGCAGUGGCCAUUCUUGUUUACUCGGAAAGGUCUUUCGAACCACUUUUACAAACUCACAGGCAUCGAUAUCAGUGAGUGCUUAAGUCAGGCCCUCAUAACCAAAGGCAGAAGGAUUAUUAACUAUUUCUCCAGCCAGAAGCUCAAAUGCAACCUUGGUAUAAGGACACUCAUCCAGCAGAUAGAAAGUGAGGGAGUUUUGACCAACAACAAGAUUGGCACAGCAACCAUCCUUCUCAUGAUGAAGUAUUACAAGGAAGAUGAAGACUCCCUCUUUGUCUUAGCAGAUGAAACAUCUACCAGGAUGUCCCUUGAAGCAGAGAGCAACCUGCCAAUCACCCCGAGGCUGAUUAUGCUUGGUAAGAAGUCAUUUAUGAAAUAGAACUGAUUAGACAAUAUUAUAAUUUCUGUUUGGCACAGGAGCUUUUCGUGGAUGCAAGUAUCCAGUCUCUGUUUUGUUACCUCACAUUUCUGUAAUUUCCUUUAUAAACCAAGGUUGUUGAACAUGUGUCUCAGUGAA